CUCGACAUUUUUCGAAGUUGCAUGAUCCGUUGCAUAACUUCGUUCAAGAUCUCGGCGUACAGGUGACAAGAGUAAUUGACGUUUGUUCAAACAGGUUCAAAGCCAUGUAGAAAAUCUGUGAAGCGUGAACGUGUGCUACUAAUAUCGCGGGGAUUGGGAAAUAUGUACACAGAAAUGAUUUUGGCCAUUCGAUAACGAACGAAGAAAAGCACAAUUCAGGCAAGAUGAACUUUCGCUACGAACAUUUUGUCGCCGGUAUAUCAGGUGGGACUGUUUCAACAAUGCUGCUGCAUCCUUUGGACCUUUUGAAAAUCAGAUUCGCAGUAAAUGAUGGGAUGAUCAAAUCUGUACCAAGGUACAAUGGCCUUUUUAGCGGAAUGAAUGAGAUCGUGAAGUCGGAAGGAAUUCGUGGACUUUACAGAGGAAUGUCACCUAACAUGUUAGGAUCAGGAGCAUCGUGGGGUCUAUACUUCCUAUUUUACAAAAGCAUCAGAAAUUGGUUACAAGAUGGAGACCCGAAUAAAGUAAUCGGAAUAAAGAUGAAUUUGGUUGCAACUGCUGAAGCUGGAAUACUGACCAACAUCUUGACAAACCCGCUUUGGGUAAUAAAAACGCGAAUGUGCUUGCAGUACUCCGGAGACAAUGCUCUUCCGGAAUCGCGAAGAUAUUCAGGCAUAGUAGAUGCUGUGUGCAAAAUUUACAAAACAGAAGGAUUUAGAGGAUUUUACAAAGGCUUGGUUCCUGGAAUGUUCGGUGUAACACAUGGCUGCAUCCAAUUUGUUAUUUACGAAGAAACAAAGACUAGAUACAAUGUUUACAGAGGAAUGCCACUCGAGAGUAAAUUGAACUUUAUCGACUACGUGGCAUUUGCAGCAUUCUCGAAACUCGUAGCAGCGUCCGCCACUUAUCCUUACCAGGUAGUGAGAACCCGACUUCAGGAUCAGCACCAUAACUAUAAGGGAUCAUUGGACUGCAUUAGAAAGACUUGGAGGUCAGAAGGAAUUAAGGGUUUUUAUAAAGGCAUAUCACCAUACAUUUUACACGUUACACCAAAUCUUCUCGUGGUUCUAUUUUUUUAUGAAAACUUUGAUGACAUUUCUAAACUAAUAAGGGAAAUAGCUUUUGGUAAACGAAGUUAGAUUAAUUCUGCCGUGCAAGUAAGAAGCACUUAAACUGCUGAUUUUACUGAAUAUGAAAAAUAAACUUUGUUGCAAUAUCUAUAGAUAAAUAUUGCUUUUGACUGAAAAAUGGACUUAUAGCGAUACGCUGUUGCCGUAUUUUCUUAUUUGCACGGCAGACUUCAAUUGAUACGUACUUAUUAUGUUAGUACAAAUAAUUGGCGACUACUCUAACUAGGUAUCUGCACUCGCACUAGCAGAAGAAUUGUUAAUUAGAAAGUUAAAUUUUAUCUUUAAGCAAAAAAUUGCACAUUUUAUCUGCUACUUCUUUAAAAUCAAUUGAUUUAUUUAUAAAGUGGUAUGCAUGUACUCAGUUUUUGUUGUCAGCCAUUUAAACGCUAGGGCACAUUAAGCAAUGCAUGUUGAUUGAUGUAACAGGAGAAUCCGAUUAUAUUAAAAUUUGUUUUAAUUGUUUAUUUGAGAGAUUUAGUUAUUAUUGACUUCAGAAUAUCGAUCCUUUUCUGUAUUAAUUGGUUUAUGUCUCUCUAAAAAUAUUAUUAUUGCUUAAUUAGAUGAACUCUCAUAAGAAUUUCUAUCAGAAAAAUGAUUGUAUUUUAUUUCAUUUUUGAGUAAUUCAAAAAGGAUUCUUCUGCUGCAUAACUAAAUGUUCUCUUAAGAUUAGGAAAAAUAAAAUCUUUAUUUAUCGCUGUUUUCUGAAAAGUGUAUCAGAACCGAAGAUGUUAAAUUUUUGUUUGAUGUAAAUGACAAAAUUGUGGGUUAUGCUAUGUCAAUUUGUUCAUAUAUUAGUCCGGGAGCUAAUGAUAUUUUUUAUGCAUAAUUUUCUACCAGAUGAAACUUUUCAUAUACAAUAUCAUAUCUUCAAAGACCAUUUAUUUCCCUUAAAAAACACUCGAAGAUAUGCUUGCUAGAUGUUUUGUCCGUUUGUAGGAUGGCGUUUGAUUCUUUGAAAAUUGUCAACUUGCGGGGGGUGGGGUAUCAUUUUCUACCGUUUGUCUGUUUAAAGACAAAUUAUUUGAACUGAAAAACACUUGAAAAUAUUCUUACCAGACGUUUUUCCCGGUGUGGGAUGAUUUUCUACAGUCUGGCUGUGUGAGGGCAAGUUAUUUUCACUGAAAAACACUAGAAAACACAAUUACCAGACAUUUUCUAAGGUUGCAAUAUGGCGCUGCAGUCGUCCAAAGUUGUUAAUUUUUUUUUAUUUAUUAAGAUAGACAUGUAGAAAAGAACGCACGACACUUUGAGAACCGGUUAAUUCACAGAAAAAUGGAAAGUUCAAAACGUUUUGAUUUUUACAUAAAGUAUUAUAGGAAACUCAGUCUAGGAAUAAACAGUAUCCAAAAUAUUUAUAACAGAGUUCCACAUGCAGAUCUUUACAAUUGAAUAAUUGUUUAAAAUAUGAUCAUUUUUGUAUACUUUAAUCUGAGUGGUCCCCAAAUCAUUCAUGUAUUAUUUAUAGUUUCUGUAUUUUAUGCCUUCUCUUAAUACUGUACUAUUGUUAUUUCACAAUGAUUUUCCCAGAAUAAUUCUGACAAUAAUUUCCUGUAAUGCUUUUCAUAAAGAUUUUCCUAUGAAAGCGAAUAAAUCCUAAGAAUAUUCAUUCCAAAAAAAUUAGUACAGCCCUAUGAUGAUUUUCCUAUUAUAUAUUUUUGAAAGUAAGAACAAUUGAAGGGGCGGAUGUAAUAACCACCUUAGCGCUCGGACACACGGAGAAUUAUUGUCCGCUGAGCAAAUUUUCAAAAUUGUUCAAAUUUGAGUGUUGACCAUCAAUACUUGUAGACUAUUUUAUUUCGCCUCUUUUUUGUACGAAAAACAAAUUUGAAGUUUUUUUUUGGAUUUUAGUAAUUUAAGGAAAACAACCAUUUUUAACGAGAAAAAAAAAACCAAUACUUUUUUGCAGAUCUUUAGUCAUUAGAGGGAAAAAGUCUCGGCACGCGAGAAUAUAGCGCCACGGGUUGACGUACAUUGACGUAGGUCCAAGUCGAGGUUAGCAAGCCAUACACUGGAAGUUGUCAAAAUUCGAAACUUCCUCACACAACUUUCUCGUUAUAUAAAUGCAUCCCAGAUUUCGAAGAAAAUAUUUUUGAAAGUUCACUACACAGCUCUGAAAUGUUUUUAAAAUAAGAUAAACACUCCAACAGUCAUAGAAUAUGUUAAAGAAUGUUACAUACAAUUUUUAAGAACAAAUAUCAAUUCCUGACAAAGAUCUGGCGAGUUGAAUGCAAAAAAGUAUUGAUUCUUUUUUCGUUGAAAAUUUUCGUUUUCCUUCAAUAAAUAAAAAACGAAAAAAAACAUUGGAUUUAUUUGUGGUACAAAAAAGAUGCACAAUAAAGUAGUCUACAAGUAUUUAUGGUCAAUAUUCAAAUUUAAACAAUUUUGAAAAUUUGCUCAGCGGACAAUAAUUCUUCGUGCGUUCGAGCGGUAAGGUGGUUAUUGCAUCCGCCCCUUCAAUUGCAGCAUGUAAUGCAUGCAUAUCUAUUUCUUAUGUCGACAAUUCAUUAAGCUAAGAAAUGUAUACCUCUGUAAAAAUACUCAGGCAUAUUACUGUAAAAUAUUUGUGAAAGUAUUCAAAUAGUAUGUUGUUGCAAUUUAUUGGAUUUCAAAUAGUUCCUUACAAUCUUCUAAACAGAGAAAAAUGUAUUUGUUGCGCAACAAAUACGAAUAAUGUUGUUCACUUCACCGACCACUAUUAUUUCUUGGCAAUACUUUGUUUUUAUGUCUACUCAAGUUACGUUUUACAACUUUGAUUUUGAAGGAAAGAGUUGGGAAUUCUAUCGCCAAUGAGAGGAACCCCAAAAUUGUACGUGUAUAGGUUUGCCAAAUACAAAAAAACCAGGUACCGUUUCUGUUCUACUCUUGCGUUGUAUUUUGCAUACGUUUCGGGAACGUUCAAAUUGUUUACAUUAUCGUACGAUAUUACACAAAUUUUAUUAUUUGCAGAAAUAGUAGAAUUUUUUUAUAAUUUAACAUAGCACCUAUACAUGUAUCGUGUGACUUAAGUAUAUCAUUUCUGCAAAGAAUUUAUGAAAAAUUGUUAGCUUCUUUUUUGAAACCCUAAUUCCGAAUCCGGAUACAAAAGUGCUCUAUCAUGUUAAGAUUUCGAUUAACCAGAGAAAAAAUCGAUUAGAAAAUCACCAUGCAUAAUUCCUGAAUUGUUUCAGAAUUUUUAUUCAACGUGAUCUAGGUUUUCCUGUUAAAGAGUUAUAGUUUAAGUUUCAACUCCCCAUAUAUGAAAUUGAGUAAUUGUAAGAUUUGAAUUUGAAAACAUAAAUUUUGAAGUACCUUAAUUUUGAAUGGUACUCAAUGUGAAGAGUUAAAAAUUUAAAAAAUUGUAUUGUUAGCCAUAAAACAAGAAUUAUUAUAAAAACGUAUGAAAUUAACCGAAGUAUGAUGUUAUUUGAAAUCACCUUAUUUGAAUAAAACUUGGAAAGAUUUUGAUUUUAUAUAUAUUGACACUUUUACUGAAAAAGUUGACGGUAGCGCCGUAUUGCAACCAAACAAAACAUUUGACAAGUGGAUUUUCGAGGGCUUUUCAUUUAAAAUAUGUACUCCACAAAUAGUCAGACGGUUGAAAAUCUUGCAAAAAUAAAUAUGCUGAAACUGCAGGAUUGUCAGACUGGCACUUCAUGCAAAAGUCGUCAGCUCCCGGAUUAUAGGUUGAGUGCGAAUGUAUCGCGCGUUAUUAGGUAUCACUGUUAUGCAGUGUAUACUACAUUUUCACAUACCUCUUUACAGUGGGGCAAUACUCACUCUAAUUUUCAUAGAUAUUUUCUUCUUAACAAGUAAGUAUUUUCAAAUUAAUGCAAUGUUUUGCCUUACUAAAAGGAAUAAUGCAAGAUGAUACAACUGGUAACUAUUAAUUAAAGCCUCAGCAGAGGCAACGUCGUAUCAACAUGUCCAUUGAGUUUA